AUGAAUGCUAACACAAUAUCUUUGAGGUUAUGUUGUCUUAAACAAAAUUCUUUUGAUAAUUCCUCGGUUAAAUAUGAACCCACUAAAAAAGAAGAAAUAUUUAAGAAAACAAAACAAAAACCUCAUAAAAGUUUUAAUGCCAGCAAUAUCAUAAGCAAACCUCAACAAUUUCCAAGUUUUAAAAAAUCUCGCACGGAACGUCAGGCGGAAUCGAAAGUUAUACAUGAUGAGGAAAUGGUUUGGAAAUUUUUAAAAUUAAGUCUUAAUGACCCCCGACUAAGUACACUGCUAAUAACGGUGCGUUCUAAGAAAAGGCGUGAUAAGGAUAGACAAAUUAUUAUCGAAGGUAGACGUUUGAUAUUGGAAGCCUUAGAUUGUGGUCUAAAAUUAAACAGCGUUAUAUUCAGCCAAAAGGAUCAGCUGUUGGAUAUCAAGGAUAGUGUGUCACAGGCUCAAAAGCUAUUCAAUACAAAAAUCUAUAAAGUGCCUCAUCAUGAUUUAAAAACUUGGUCUACACUAACCACACCACCCGGUAUAAUGGCGAUAUUUGAAAGACCUGCUUUACACAGUGUAGUAAGUAAAAUGUCUUCGGUUACGCCUCUACCCAUAACUGUGGUAUGUGAUAAUAUACGCGAACCCAAUAACUUGGGUAGUAUUAUACGCACCUGCGCCGCUUUACCCUGCCUACAAAUUGUCAUUACCAAAGGUUGUUGUGAUCCUUGGGAAUCUAAAGCUUUACGCGGUGGUUGUGGUGGUCAUUUCCGUGUACCCAUACGUGAUGAUGUUGAUUGGCAAGAGGUUCCACUAAUGAUUCCACCUGAAGUAGCGGAUAAUUGUUGUAUUUUUGUGGCAGAAAACAAUUUAGAGAAGUUGGCAAAUAAAACGGCAUCGGUUGUGGAGUAUACGGAAGUGGAAAAAACCGGUUCACAUAAUGUGGUCAUAAUAGGGGGAGAAAGUCACGGUGUUAGUGAGGAUGCCUACAGAUUUCUCUCAACUGUUGGGACACGAGGUACAUGUCUUAACAUACCUUUAGCUCAAGGUAUAGACAGUUUAAAUGUAGCCUCAGCUUUAACCUUAAUUCUCUAUGAAUUACGAAAAAAUAUUAUUAAUUCACAGCAGCAACUGCUGGUUAAAAAAGAACCUGAAACAGUUUAAUUUUGUUUGUUAAGUUUUUUUUUUUUAAAUAAAAAACCAAAUCAUAAUCUAAUGCAAAAA